AAUACUUGGAGGAAUACAUCUUGAUGUAUUGAAUCGUAAUGCAAAAACAAGCUACUUCUUGGCAUUGCGCGUCAUGCAAGAGCAUUCUAGCAUUCUAGCAGGACGGAGUGUACUCCUGUUUCUGUUGCGUGAGCAAUAACAGCAGCACACAGAGACUGAAGACAGCAGCAGCACGGCUACGCGGGCAUCUUCCAGCGGAGGAAUAUCCCACUUUUAUUUACUCAGCGCCCUGCUCUUUAUUUUUGUACUUUAUGAUUAACUCGUACCUUCACGUGCGAAGCUUUCAUAACCGCACAACUCGCAUAGACUACAUGUUUUCUUCUUGCCCGCGUUGUUGACGGAGGCAGAAAACUACUAGUGUGUUUUGAUCCUUAACGCCUCUGGUCUCAUCGCGUUCCUCUGACGGUGAAGGACGUUUUAGCCAACCUUUUGCCACCACGGCAUGAAUUAUGGGAUGUGCGUUUCCAUAAGUGACGGAAGAACAAACACGCUUUGAAGUUCAGAAAAAGUGUUGAGGCUGGGAGGCCCCUGGGCUUGCGAGUCCUGUUGAUAUUGAGGUUUGUAAAUCAUGAUGCAGGAGACGGCAGCCGGCGCGGAGACAAUAAGCAACAGUUCACUGAGUCAAAAUGGAUUGAGCAACCUCGCCGGCCAAUUAGAUUGUGGCGUGCGCGAUGGCAGGCUGAGCACAGAGGCGGCGAGCGCAGAAGUAAGCACAGUCGAGCUGCUGCAUCUUCAACAACAGCAGUACAUCACAUGGAAAGAAAUUAAGGCGCUACAGGCAGCAAGACAACUUCUUCUUCAGCAGUCAGGCAGCGGCCUGAAGUCCCCAAAGAACAGCGACAAACAGCGUCCACUGCAGGUGCCAGUCUCGGUGGCCAUGAUGAGUCCCCAGGUGAUGACUCCCCAGCAGAUGCAGCAGAUCCUCCAGCAGCAGGUGCUCUCCCCGCAGCAGCUCCAGGCCCUCCUCCAGCAGCAACAAGCCGUCAUGCUGCAACAGCAACACCUGCAGGAGUUCUAUAAGAAGCAGCAGGAGCAGCUGCACCUUCAGCUCCUGACACAGCAGCACCCUGGCAAGCAGUCGAAAGAGCAGCAGCAGCAGUUGGCCGCCCAGCAGCUGGUCUUCCAGCAGCAGCUCCUCCAGAUGCAGCAGCUGCAGCAGCAGCAGCACCUGCUGAGCAUGCAGAGGCAGGGCCUGCUCUCGCUGCCCCCCGGACAGGCCGCCCUCCCCGGACAGACCAUGCCACCCCCAGGUCUGAGUCCAGCAGAGCUCCAGCAGCUGUGGAAGGACGUGACCAGCGGUGGAGGCCACCAAGCAGGCUCCGGAGGAGGCUCAGUAGGGGCCAUGGAGGACAGCAGCAGCCUCAAGCAUAGCAGCGGCGAACGUGAGCGCGAGAGGGAGAGGGAGCGAGAGCGCGAGCGUGAACGUGAACGCGAACGCGAGCGCACUAGCAGUGGAGCCGGAGCAGGUAGAGGAGGCGACAGCCUGGGAAGCAGUGUAGGCUCCGCGGGUCUGGACCUAACCACCUCCUCCUCCAACUCCACCUCCGCUACCUCCAACACAACCUCCUCCAAAGCCUCGCCACCGCUCUCGCUGCACGGCCACGGACACGGCCACGGCAUGGCCAACGGGCAGUCCCCUGUGCUCAGCUCUAGGAGAGAAAGCUCCCUCCACGAGGAGUCAGGAGCCUCCCACUGUCUCUACGGCCACGGAGUGUGCAAGUGGCCCGGAUGCGAAAAUGUCUGCGACGACUUUGGACAGUUCUUGAAGCACCUUAACAGUGAGCACGCUCUCGAUGACAGGAGCACAGCGCAGUGUCGAGUCCAAAUGCAAGUUGUGCAACAGCUAGAAAUACAGCUGUCUAAAGAGCGUGAGCGUCUUCAGGCGAUGAUGGCCCAUCUACACAUGCGACCCUCCGAGCCAAAGCCGUCUCCAAAACCUCUGAAUCUGGUUUCGAGCGUGACCAUGUCCAAGAACCUGCCCUCGGUGUCCCCGCCGGCGCUGCCCCAGACGCCCACCACCCCCACGGCGCCCGUCACGCCCCUCACCCAGAUCCCCCAGGUGCCCUCCCUCCUCAGCCCCGCCACCGUGCCCAGCAUGGGCGCCAUGCGACGCCGCCACUCGGACAAGUACUCCAUACAGCUCUCAGGUGGUGACAAACUAUUUGCUUUUCCAGAGAUCGCCCCAAACUACGAGUUCUAUAAGAACGCCGACGUGCGACCCCCCUUCACGUACGCUACCCUCAUCAGACAGUCCAUCAUGGACUCUCCUGACAUGCAGCUGACACUCAAUGAGAUCUACAGCUGGUUCACGCGCACCUUCGCCUAUUUCCGCCGCAACGCCGCCACUUGGAAGAAUGCGGUGCGCCACAACCUGAGCCUCCAUAAGUGUUUUGUGCGCGUGGAGAACGUGAAGGGAGCCGUGUGGACAGUGGACGAGGUGGAGUACCAGAAGAGACGCUCGCAGAAGAUCACCGGAAGUCCUACGCUGGUGAAGAACCUUCCUCCCAGUUUGGGAUACGGAGCGGCUUUAAAUGCCAGUUUACAGCUUCAGUUUUUCAGUGCUUCUGCGGCGGCCCUGGCCGAGACGUCCAUGCCCUCCCUCCUGGGCGGUGCGGGCCUGCUGAACAGCACCUCCGCGGGCCCCCUGGCCGGCAGCCCCCCCGCCCUGAUGAGCGCCAGCCCCCCCAGCCUGCCCCCCGGCCCCACCCUGGAGGACACGCUCAACCUGAACCUGAACGGGGCCCUGGAACACAUGGACACCAACGGACACCCGAGCCCCGGCUACUCCCCGCAGACACACCUAGUGGGUCUGGAGCUGUCAGAUUGCCGAAUGCAAUGGCUACUGCUGAGCGGGCGCUUGCGGAGGACACCGCCAGGCUUGGCACACGCACCAACACAGACAGCCCUGGAUUCUCUCUACAGACCUCUGCCCUCCAUCCACGUCAAGGAAGAGCCGCUCAACAUGGACGACGAUGACCUUCCCAUGUCACUCGUGACGACGGCCAAUCACAGCCCCGAGCUGGACGACGACCGUGAGCUGGAGGAGGGCAACCUAUCAGAGGACCUGGAGUGACAAGUUCCGCCUUCCUCUAAAAAAAAAAAGAAACAACCAACCAACCAAACUACCGCAUCCCACUACUUCAGAAAACCACACCCAUACUGUCGUCUGAGCGAACAGAUCUUACCACAAGACCACGCCCCAUAAGAAAGACGCCGACCCUCUUUCCCUUUCCUGUCUACAAAACCACUCUGCUACUAAACCAAGCCCAAGGAGUGUGUGUGUGUGUGUGUGUGUGUGUGUGUAUGGAGGUCUGACUAUUUAUUGAGCAUGUGUAUGGGGAGAAGAAACACACACACACACACCGCCCAAAGAAACUCUGUGUUGAAGCCUUUGGGAUUCUCCAAAACCAGCAUGAGAUGUCUGGUUGUUUUGGGGGAGAACACAAAACAAAACUGCAUGAAAAGCAGACAAAACAAAACGAAAGUGAAACAAAAACAAACGACUCUACUCACACUACAAAGAUAACAUAGACUUGUUUAUUUCCGUCUCUCUAUCGUUCUUUCUCUGUGUCCCUACAUUUCUCUUUCUCUCACCCUCUAUCGAGCAAGCAGCUUGGAUCAUGUCUGGAUGAAGAAGCGAAUGAACAAACAAAAACCAACCAACUAAAAAAAAAAAAAAACGCAGUCCCAUAAGUGGAGCGGACGUUAAAAAAUCCAAACAAAAAAAACUCAAAGACUCAAAGAAUUCCAAGCAACUGAGCCUGACUUGUGUAAAAAUUACGGUCUCAUGUACUGCCAAAAAAGAAGACAUUUUAUGUUUGUGAAUAUCCCAUCCACAGUAGCUAUUGAUGUUAUGGACAAUUGCUGGUUCAAUUCAUAUUGUUGUUCUGUUCUCAUUUGCACAGAAGUAGUAUCAGAUUUUAAUGUCACUGCCUGUAUGUUGCUUUAGAAUGUUUAAAAGUGUUUCAUAUUUUGUAUUAUUAUUAUUAUUAUUAUUAUUAUUAUUAUUAUUAUUAUUAUUAUUAUUAUUAUUAUUAUUAUUAUUUUGGGUUUAAUGAUCUUCCUCAACCAUGCUUUUCAUUUAUUGUCAUUGAAUUAUAUAAAAGAAACACCAACUGUAAAUUCCCAUCAAAGAAAGAACCUCACGGUUUCAAGACUGUUGCAGCUGUCCAAAAAAGACAAGAAAAGAAUUGAAUGGAAAAAAGUAGGUCUCUAUCUUUGUGCUGGGACGUGACGUGUGAUAAGUGAAGAUGUAACAGUUUGUGAGUACCACACUACUAGAAGAAGAAGAAAAAAAAAUGAAGCUGAGAAAAAAAAUGGCUAAGUGAUGCAUUUCUGCGUAUUCUUCUAUACCGUUGUCUUUUACCUCCUCUUUGGAAUAGCUUUGUCUACCUGCAUACCGUCACGGGCAACAGCUGCAAACCAAAGCCUACACUAUCAAUGGCCAAUAGAUUUAGACAGGAGGUUAUCCGGUUAACACCCGGCAUCCUCUCUGUAACUUUAAACUAGUACAAAGAGAAGCUUUUUAUGUUUUUCUUUUAUUAUUUGUUUAUUUUUGUUUGUCUGCUAACUACCUUCGAUGAACCUCUGGGAUUGUCUAAUACCCUGUACAAAGAUUUUUUCGGACAAAAGAAGCCGAUUUUAAAUGUAUAAUUUGGUGAGUCGUAGCAAGUCCACUUUUUUCCGGGGUGGGAGUUACAUUGUGUGUGUUACGGGAAGGGGUAAAUUGUGGUCGUUUAACCGAAGGUACAUAUUGGGAAAGCAUUGAGCAGCAGCUAUAAAGUGGAUCAUGACCAAAACUAAUAUUUGUGUAUCAGUGGAAGUACAGAAAAAUACAUUGUUGUUGUUGUUGAUGUUGUUGCUGUGGGAGAUAUUGUUUUCUGUAUUUUUUGUUUUCUUUUUUUUUGUUUUUUAAAUGACUUUAUAUUUUAUUUUUUAAAUGACUUGUGUUGCCAUAGUGUUGACCUUUUUUCCUAGUGAAUGUGUACGUGUUCUGUGGGACUGUCCAUGAACUGUCAUGUCUGUAUUCCGCCACUCCGUCUGUCAGCGUAGUGCUGGCCGAUCGCAAAACCGAAACCGAAAAAAAACAAACAUUAUAACCAAACAUUUUAUGAUAUCUAGAUAAGCCAAAAAACUCAAUUUUCUGGAGUUGUGGUAAGACAAUGUGGCUUGGUCAUUGUGUAAGGCAAGUAAUAAUAGCCAUCAUAGAGAGGGAUCUAGAGGAAAAAUAAUAAUAAAAAAAAACUAACAAGCUUUUCUAGGUGAUUUUUGCACCAUAGCCCAAAACAGCAGCUAUGUCUGUGCAUGCCGACCAGUCAAGCAUACACACACCGUGAGCAUUGUAUCCCUCACAUGUCACUGUCAAGGUGCGGGAACAAGCUGGUGUGUGGUUUUAUUCGGGGAGUGUGUUUAUGGCCUCAUGGUGGCAAAUGUCAUCUAGAAAAGUGCACGUUGCUUUAACACUCACGUCUCUUCAGUCAAACCAAAGUAACACAAAUUCUGCCUCUACGUACGUAUGCGCGAUAGAACUGCUUCAACUGUGCAUCAGAGCAACAACUCCCAUGCAGUCCGGUUUGAUAUGUUUUGCCUUUUUUAUUUAUUUUUCUAUUGGGUUCUCCUAUUUUUCACUUGUGUGUUUACGUCAAAUCCUGUGUUGUCUUUUAUGGGUUUUUUUUCUUCUUUCUAUGUGUCGUCCUGUUUGUGUGUUUAGUGUGCUGGCUUUCCUGGUCAACAUGAAUAGCCAACUACCAAUGCAGAAGGGUGUCUACAAACUAAAAUGCUUGUAUCGUAUUUACAAUAUUAAUGUGUGUCUAAAUGUAUCGGGAAGUACCAUUGUACACAUUUAAUUCAUUUUCAGUGUGGUGCAAC